AUGAAAACCGAUAUCUGUAUUAGGCUUCUGUUGUUAUGUUUGCCACAACUGGCCACAGCUCGGCGUUGUGUUCCUUCUGACUACGACUUCGAAUACACUGAAUGUGGUCCAGAUGGCUCUCGGUGGCGAGUAGCUGUGCCUCUUCAUGGUACCGUCUGUGACGGUUUGCCGGAACCCACGAAGGGCCUUAAUUGCUCAUUUUCCUGCUCGGCAGGAAACUACCUGGAUAUCAUGACAGAAUCCUGCAGACCCUGCCCACCAGGUAAGCCCACAGAGAAGAUGUUUUGUGAUUGGGUAAAUGGACAGUUUGAAGAACUGUCAAGAUUUUUAAAUGUAACAGUUUGA